AUGGAAAGCACAGCAUCAAAGAGCUGGUACGAUAUAGUUGUGGAGGAAGAGGAGAAUAAAGUCCAGGAGCUGAUGGAUGUCAUAUCAGCUCUAAACCAAAAGCUUGAAAAGGCUACAGGUGAUUUGAAGACAGUGACAGAGGAGAAAAAGGCUCUUGCGAGGCAAUUACAGAGCAGGUGGAAAAUGCAUCAGGACAAUGAAUGGAAAUGGUCUCGCAAACUGAUGGCUUUAGACAAACAGCUGAAGCAAAGCCAGAAAAUCAACCAGGAGCUGUCUUCCUCUUUAAAAAGACAGGAGGAAGACAACCAGAGGCUCCAGGUUGAGAUCCUGGAGCUCCAAGAAGAGAAAGACCAACAAAUACUGAAGGCUGACAACCUCCAGAAACAGCUAGAGGAGGUCAGACAGACGUAUUUAGAGGCUUCAAACAUGGAGCAGAUUCUGAAAGAGACCCUGUCAGAGAAAGACAGCCUGCUCAGAGAGAGAAAGAUACAACUGGAGCAAGAGAGACUACAGCUACCAGCAAGGAAAAGAAGCUAG